AAAAAAACAUAAUAUGAGCACUGUGGAAAUCCGACCUGCUUCUGUUAACGAUGUAGGACUUAUUUUGAGUUUCAUCAAGAAGCUUGCAGCCUAUGAAGAGCUUGCACAUGAAGUUGUGGCCACGGAGGAACUUCUUGCGGAAUCCCUUUUUGGAGAAAAGCGUCAUGCGGAAGUGAUCUUCGCCUAUGCUCAAAAGAACGCCGAGUCCCCUUUAGAACCAGCUGGUAUGGCUCUUUAUUUCCACAAUUUCUCGACCUUCUUGGGUCGUCCUGGACUUUAUUUGGAGGACCUCUUUGUGGAUAAGGAAUUCCGAGGCCAAGGUAUUGGUAAGAAGCUCUUGACUCAACUCGCUGUCAUUGCAAAGGAAAGAAGUUGUGCUCGUUAUGAAUGGGUUUGUUUGGAUUGGAAUAAACCUUCAAGAGAGUUCUAUGAAGCCUUGGGAGCUAAACCUCAAAGUCAAUGGAUCAUUCAUCGCGUCGAAGGAAAGUCCCUGGACGAUCUUGCCGCAUUGUAAAUAUUACCCCUAAUUUAUUAUAAAAAUAAAUCUUUUUUUGUUGUUUUACAUCUACCAGAAUAAAAAAAAAAUAGAUUAUCA